CGUCACGAUUGGAUCGAGGACGCAUGCGUAAUAAGUACGAUGCGAGUAUCGUACGUCAAAAUAGUAAAGACGAAUCAGAAUCAUAUGAUAGUUUUUAUCAAGUCACAUACGCAUAAUGAAAUUUAAGUUUUUGACUUUUAUCAUCGAAAAAAACUCUAACCUCUUCCCUCUUGCAUAUCUGCAAGAUACAAUGUAUACUACCUCUACUAUGAUACAAUAUUUAUGAAAAAUGCAUGGAAUCAAGAGAUUAUUAGUUUUCUGCACAUUAACAACUAUCUUACCAAUUUUGCUUCUUGUAAUACCACUGUAUUUACGUCAUAAUUUCUAUGCAAAUGUAGCAUAUGCUGUAACGGAUUCUGAUAUUUUGGAAAUUACUGAUGGUAUUUCUACAAUAUUCUGCUCUGCACAUACUUUACAAAUGAAUAGAACAUUCAAUGCAUUUCAAAUGACACAAAAACCAGAAAUAACUUCAUACAGAAAACAUAUACGUCUUAAAAAAAGUAUGAUUUUACCAGAUGAUACACUAGAGUACUGGGGAUUCUAUCUUUUAGAAGGAUCAAGUGUGGCACUCUCUGUAUGCUCAAGGUUCCAAGGUGCAUCUAUACUUGUUGUGAAAGGAGAACGUAAUUUACGAACAUGUGGAAUGUUAGAGCAUCGCAAUACACAAGUUGUAGAGAGUAUAUUUCUGCCAGAGGCAAAAAAACAAGUUAAAGUAACAUUUAAGUCAAAUACAGAAAAAAGUAAUUUUAAUAACAAUAUUGCACAAAACAAUUACAAUGAUACAUUAGAUAACAUUGAAGAUAGAUUGUUACACAAUAUUACUUUAAAUAAUAUUACUUUAAAUAAUACUGAUCAGGAUAUUGCAAAUCUCUAUUCUCAUUUGAAAGGUCAUUCUGUGUCUAAUGUCAUGGAAAAUCGCGAAGAAGAACCAAAAACAUUACAGGAUAAAAAUAUUCAAUACCUUAUAAAUCCCCUGGAAAAAGAAACUACACAUAGUAUCAGAAAAUUAAGGCACGCUAAAAAAAAGGAAUAUAAAGAACAAAUGAAAGAAAUAAAAAGAAAUAUUGCAAUGCAGCGAAAAAAAAGUACACAAAGAAAUGUCAGAAACAAUUCUUAUAUUAAAAGAGAUAUAAAUGAUAAAUACAGUUUAAUACUAGAAAAAUUGUUGAGGAGAAACUUGAGUUUAGGAGAUAAUAGAAAUGAUGUUAAAAAUGAAAUGAAAGCGCAAUAUGAAAAACCAAAAGAAAGAAUCAAAAGAAACGAAGAAGUUGUUAAUCCCACACAUUUGCUUGAUCAAGGUGUUAAACAUGGUGGAAAUGCAGGAAACAUAACCGAUGCUGAUAAUGAUUCUUCUGUAUCCAGUUUUGAAAAUGAAUUAUUUAAAUGUUACGGAGGCUCAAUUUUAAUGGCUCAGGAAUUUGCACCAUCUGAGCAGUGCACUAAUGUUACUUACUUAUUGAAUAGCAAACAUAUGCAGGCAGUACAUAAUGUUGUAGAAGAUGGUUACUAUUAUUAUAUUUUUUACAGUGACAAUGAUAUUGUGUCAAAUGAUAUAUAUGCAUUAUUUGACAUUUAUAAACCUACUCUUCAUUACGAGAAUAUAACAAAAUCUUGUCUAAAUCAAACAAGAUGUAGUUUUCCGAUUAAUAUACUAUCUUCUGACAGAGUAAUUGUUGAAAUACCAACUAAAGAUGAUUUUGAAUAUGAGGUAGAUGAUGUUAAUUUUCUUUUAUCAAUUUGUCAUCCACGUACGGAAGUGUACAUAAUUUUUCCUGUUGCAGUAUUACUCUUUAUCCUUGCUUGUGCUUUUAUGUAAUAUAUUUUAUUACUUUUGCAUAUGCUGUGUAUAUAUCAUGAACAUUAAAUUUUAUUCACAUAUCGUUAAAAAACAUAUUCAAUUAAUAGAAUAAAAUAUCAGUAUAUGUAUUUGUAGAUACAUAUAUAAAUAUCU